AUGGCAACUCAGUUGGCAUUAUCAUCAUGUGUACUGUUUCCAUUAUUAUUAUGUUGGAUUGGAUUGUUAAAUGAAUGGAUACCAUUAAUAAAUCAAAAUUUACCCCAAAUAAUUGUUAAAAAUUUAAAAUAUGCUCCACUUUAUGUUAUCUUUAUUUUUACUCUGUAUGCAUUAACUUCAUUAUUUAUUGGUGUGGUUACAUUUAGUGAUUGUAAAGAAGCUAAAAUAGAAUUAAUGAAUGAAGUUAAUCAAGCAAAAGAAGAACUAAGAAAACGCUAA